GCCCCGCACUUCUAUAUACAGCCUCCUUCCAUAAGCAUGCUCCCUUCCACCCACCCACCCUCCUCCUCCUCCUCGCUAACCCUGGACUAGUCAGCCGUGACUGACACCGAGCGUAUUUGCCUCACCGUGGUUCAAGUCCCCUCCCUCUAUUGCGCACCACUCCAGCUUCCUUCCUAUCUGGGCUAUCAGACGCUGGAGCCGCUAGCUGCCACCAUGACAACAGCAUCACUUUACAAAGGCCUGCCCCUACCAUGCAUCAUUGACAAUGCGGCUCAUGAGACAAACUCCACCUACUCGGUAGCCUCUUUGAUCGAACCGGGACAAGAGCAGAAGAAGGUGUAUGCGGCCUCGACCGCGGACGUGGAGGCCGCCGUUGCGUCCAGCAAGAGGGCCUUUGCAGGGUGGAGAGACACGCCAGUCACAGCCAGAAGAUCUAUCCUGCUCAAAGCUUCUCACUUGUUCAAGGAGAGGAUUCCGGAAUUGAUCGGGGUGGAGACGGAAGAGACUAGCUCGGGCACUGGAUUUGCUGGCUACGAGAUUGCUGUGCUCGCCAGCGACCUGCUCGAGGAAACUGCCUGUGCCAUGAAUCAGGCCUUGAGAGGAGAGACGGCUCCUACUGAUCCUACCGGCAAGCAGAUGAUCAUGGAGCGCGUGCCAUUUGGCUGUGUCCUGGGGAUCGCUCCUUGGAAUGCACCGGUCGUGCUCGGUCUGCGCUCAGUGAUCGGCGCGAUAGCAGCAGGCAACGUCGCCAUCAUGAAGACGUCCGAGUACAGUCCCACCGUUCACACAGCUCUGGCGCAAGUCCUCAUCGACGCAGGCUUGCCAAAGGGCGUGCUCAACGUGCUUCACGUCGACCCGAAGGAUGCGCCCUCCGUGAUUGAUGCGCUGAUCGGUCAUGAAUUCGUCAGAAAGAUAAACUUUACGGGUUCCACGCGCGUGGGUCGUAUCAUUGCGCAAGUAGCUGCAAAGUAUCUCAAGCCCCUUACCCUUGAGUUGGGAGGAAAGAAUCCGAUCGUCAUUACUGAAAACGCAGAUCUGGAUUUAGCUGCAAACAAUGUCAUCUUCGGCGGGUUCUUGCACCAGGGGCAAAUCUGCAUGUCUGCCUCCAACAUCUUCAUUCACGAGAGCGUUCUCGAUGCCGUAUCACAAAAGAUUGCAGCCUUAAUAUCCGAGAACAGCGGCUUGAUUCGCGCCUCGAACCAACCGACUGACCUGGGCAACGACAAAUCGCACCGGCUGCGUGGUCUUUUCAAUAGGGCAUCCCUAGAGCGCGCUCAGGACUUGCUCAAAGAUGCUCAAGAGCACGGAGCCAAGCUCGUCGCUGGCGAGCAAAAGGCUGGAGAGACCAACGGGACCGCGUUCCAGCCCCAUAUCCUCUCAGGUGUGAGCCAGAAGGCUCGUUUGUACCGGGAAGAAGCUUUUGCUCCUCUCCUGGCUCUCAUACCUUACAAGAGCGAAGAAGAAGUCCUCAACAUCAUCAACGAAUCCGAGUAUGGAUUGUCGGCGAGCGUCUAUUCAACUAAUCACGCUCAAGCGUGGCGACUUGCCAGGGCUAUCGAGAGCGGUGCUGUCCACAUCAAUGGUCAAACCGUCCAUGACUCCCAAGACGUGGUCCACGGAGGCGUGAAAGCGAGUGGCUAUGGCAGAUUCAACGGAGCCGAAGGCAUUCGAGAAUUUACCCAGUUGAAAGUCAUCACUAUUGCUGCUGGAGGUGGUACCAAGAUGCCUUUCACCAUGAUGUGAUUCUGCGCUUCUGUAUUUGGCUUGAGCAUGCAGCAACAGACGUGGGGUCGAUUUUGUACAUCUUGCUUAUUUAAGCGUGUUGUACCUACCAGCGGUCGUAUCUCUUUGCGAAAGGCAUCAGAUGAGAUCAUGAGCGU